ACUAGCAAAAUUGAAAGCUCCCACUGUGCUCUGUUCCGCCGCUGGCAUACAUAAGCUCCAGGCCCCGGGCAGGAGCACUCAAGCAUUCGAGGCAGCGCCAGUCCUUGUGCUUUGGAGCUGCGCCCCAACCACUGUUACAAUUCGCUGGUCGCGCUGUGAUUGAUUGAUUGGCAUUUCGGUGUGUUCUUGAGUGAUCCAUCGCGUGGGAUAGAUAGACAGAGAGGAAAUUAUAAGAUAGUCUCUUCUUUCUUUCUUUAUCUGGAUUGGGUUUAACUGUGGUAAUAGUCGCGGGAGUAUAUAGGGCCGCCUCCUCGCUGCCCCAAAACACCAUCCAUCUUUUCCAUCGUCUCCAGAGCUCACUUUAAGCCAAGAGCUUCUCAUCUAUAAGUCGCUCUCUCCAAAUUCUCUGCAAUUCAAUCGUAUAGAAUGGCGGUUCUUGCGAAGAUUGGCAGCUUCUUUCGAUCGGCCUCCAAGAAGGGGCUCAGUCUCGAGAGAUCUAGCUCGUCUAGCAGCAGCGCGAGCAGCAUGAGCAGCCAUGGGUCAUGCUGCUACGACAGCGACGAAGAUGCCGAUUUCUCCAUCCCGGCCGAUGUUCCAAAGGGGUGUAUGGCGGUGAUUGUCGGGAGCUCCGAGAAGAAGAGGAGGAGAUUCGUGGUUGGCACGCACCUCCUCACGAAUCCAGUGUUUGGAGUUCUUCUCCAGAGGGCGGCGGAGGAGUAUGGAUACAGGAACUCCGGAGCUCUCGAGAUCCCAUGCGAUCCAGUCCUGUUUGAGCACUUUCUAUGGCUUCUCAGCAACGACGAUCCCGCCGCUGCGAUGCUCGAGGUGAACGAUCUCAUGGCCUUCUACUCGUGAAGGGAUCCACGGAAGAGGUGGUUUAUAACAGUGGAUCCAAGAUCUAGCUCGAGGUUCCUCAAAUUUUCAUCUUUUCUCUUGGGGGCUCCAAGGGCGAUCGAUCCUCCACUGGGGUGAUUGAGCCGGUCGAAGAAAUUGCGGCGCCCCAAGUGCUGGAAGAGGGGAAAACGAAAAGCCACCCAUCAUGCGUGGCUGGAUCUCGAUCGACCAAUUUCCUCUCUAGUUUUGAUCAUUUUGAUCACAAACAAGAGCCUGGAUCUAAAGCAAAUGUAUAUAAAAUUUCUCAAUCAAGCAAAGGCAUUUAAAGCA